ACGUUUCGUGUCUCAAAUACCGUCACGGUGGAUAUAAAGUCCUGUUUGACCCUCCACUGUGGAGACGGUUGUCACGUAUUCUCCACUGUGCCACCACGACUGUUGUGUUUAGACACGCCUGUUUCACAGAAAUGAAACGUGGUUCCGUGUGUGACCUGUGUGACCUGAUCAUCGAGUAUAUCAAGCUUUAAAGCAGCAGUGGUGCAUCUGAAGAAUCCUGUCACGGUGACAGUCCUGGACCAUGGAGCAGCCACUCUUUGUGUUCUUCUUCUUCUUCCUCGUCCUGGUUUCAUCCUGCUGGAGUUGGAACGUGCCAGAGUUUUGUUUGGGGAAACAAUGUCCCGUGUUCAAGACGGUGAAUUCACAACCGCUGUUUGAGGAGCGUCAAUAUGAGGCCACUGACUGGAUUUCCACCAGAGCAGAAGCUCGCUCCAGAGAAGCUUUUCUCCGUGCACGCUCCACGCUGGACUCGUACUGCACGGAACAUGCAAAUGUGAAAGUUGCCACAGACACAUGGCCUGUACUGGCCAUAGCCACAGGAGAGGAAGAUAGUGGGGAGCAGUUUCUGUGCUGGUUUAUUGACCCUGAUCAAACCAUACCUGAAAACACUCCUCCACAAAUCCCAGUGCGACAUGUACCUACAUCUACAGUCUACGUCAGGACGUUCAAUGGUCUGCCUUCCCUUGAGAACUUUGAGAAGAAUGCAGCAGAACUUCGUAAGGCCUUGAGAAAUGCUGGGAGAGCGUUUGACGAACAGACAUAUGGAGUUGCUGCCUAUGGUUUCCUCACAAAUCUAAAGCAAGAGAUCUGGAUCUGGGCUGUGUGACGGCUCCAGGUGUCACGCUCCGUAUUCUGUCCAGACCUAUCCACUCAUUGAAGUUGUU